AUGGCUGAAGCAAAAUUAGUGGUCAGUGGUGUGGGUGAGAUCCUGAAGCUGGUGAUCUCCAUGGCAACCGAGGAGAUUGGGCUUGUGUGGCAUGUCAAGGAAGAACUGAACAAGUUAAUACGCACUGUGACUGCCAUCCAAGCAUUACUACUGGAUGCUGAAAAACAACAAGAAGAAAAGGAGACUGUGAGACUUUUCUUGAGAAGGCUUAAAGAUGUUGCUUAUGCUGCUGAAGACGUUUUGGAUGAAUUCGGUUACCAAACCUCAAGACUGAAGGCGAAAAACAGCAAGGUUAGCAAUUUCUUGCACUCAAUUUCAGUUCCUUUUAAGUCAAAGAUGGCUCACAAGAUCCAGAAUAUAAACAAGGAGUUUGAUGAAAUUAAAAGUUACAUGGAUUCAUUCAGUUUUGCAAGUGCUUCUAUACUACCCACAAAUCUUCUUCAAAAUAGAAAGACCACUAUGCCCAUAGAGACAUUCUCUUUUGUAGAUGAGUCUGAGGUUGUAGGAAGGGAUGUUGACAAGUCAGAGAUAGUAAGCAUGUUAACUAGCACUGACAAUCAAGAUAUUAUUCUGUCGGUCCUCUCCAUAGUUGGAAUGGGAGGGCUUGGAAAGACCACUCUUGCUAAACUUGUCUACAAUGAUGGUCUUGUUGUCAACUAUUUUGAUAAAAGAAUUUGGGUCCAUGUCUCUAAAGAUUUUGAUUCCAAGAAAAUAUUGACAAACAUCUUAGAAUCUGUUACCAAUGGACCAUGCCAAUUUUCAUCUAUUGAUGUGAUACAGAGGAAUCUCAGAGAUGCGUUGAGUGAGAAGCGGUUUUUACUUGUACUGGAUGAUGUUUGGAAUGAUGAUAGUGAACAAUGGGAUAUGCUUAAGACUUCAUUAAAAAUUGGUGCGAGAGGUAGCAAAAUCAUUGCUACUACUCGCAUUGUUGAAGUUGCAUCAAUGAUAGGCACAUUUGCUUCACACCACCUUAAAAACUUAUCGGAAGAUAAUUGUUGGUCCAUUCUCAAGAAUAAAGCUUUUGGGAAUGGAGGGGUUGAAGAGACUCCAAAAAUGGUGGCAAUAGGGAAAGAAAUUCUGAAAAAGUGUAGAGGAGUGCCAUUAGCCGCGAAAUCACUAGGAGGCUUAAUGCAUAUCAAGAAAGACGAACAAGAGUGGUUAUCAAUAAAGAAUAGUGAGAUCUGGGCUUUACCUAUGGAUAAAGAUGGAAUCCUUCCUGCACUAAAAUUGAGCUAUGAUCACUUGCCAUCACCUUUGAAACAAUGUUUCUUAUAUUGUUCGAUAUUUCCAAAGGGUGCUUAUAUCUUCAAAAAGCAUCUAACCCAACAAUGGAUGGCACUGGGGUUCCUCCAACCAUCCAUAGGGGGUAGGCCAAUGGAAGAUAUUGGAAAUGAUUAUGUCAACUAUUUGUUGUGCAAUUCAUUCUUUCAAGACACUGAGAAAGAUAAGAUUGGUGAGAUAGAGAAGUUCAAGAUGCAUGAUCUUGUUUUUGAUCUGGCAGAUUCUCUUUCAAGGUUUGACAAUGUAGUUGUUGGGGUUGCAGAGUUAAAAAACAACUCUGAUGUUCUUCAUUUGAGAUUAUUGUAUAUGGGUGGGGAUAUAAAAAAGAUUCAAGAAGGCUUAUGUACGGCAAGAAAUUUGCGGUCGUUGCAUUUGGAAUGCAUGGGAACUAGAACUUCCAUUUGCAGCAAUGUCCUUGAUAUUCUGUUCAAAAAAUUCAAACAUUUACGUGUUCUACAUUUACGUAAUUGUGGAAUUAAAGAGUUACCAUCCUCCAUUAAGAAGUUGAAACACUUAAGGUACUUUAACCUCAGGGGCAAUCCAAUUGAAGCAUUACCUGUAUUUAUCACCAGCCUUUACAAUCUGCAGACAUUGGACCUUUCAUAUUGUUUUGUAAAAGAGCUUCCUCCAAAUAUGAGAAAAAUGGUAAACUUGAGGCAACUUAUGGUUUAUCAAGAAGAUGAAGAUGGGUUAUGUUUGAUUAGUCAAAUGCCAAUUGAGAUGGGAAGACUAAUCUGCCUUAAUGAAUUAUGGACAUUUGUUGUGGACCAAAAAAGGGGGCAGCGUAUCAAAGAGUUGCAACACCUGGACCUUGGAGGAUGUUUAAAUAUCUACAAUCUUGAGAAUGUGAGAAGCAGAGAGGAAGCAGAGAAGGCAAAUUUAAUGGGAAAAGAAAAGCUUGUUGCGUUGCAGAUAUCUUGGGGAAGUCGUGGUAAUUGGGAUGGUGAUCAUGAUAGUAGUAGUUCUUCUAUGUUAAUGGGAAAUGAGGAUAAAAAAACUACCGUUGUUGAAGAAGAUGAUCAUGUACUACAAGGUCUUCGACCUCAUUCGAAUCUGAAACAACUAGUAAUCAGAAACUUUGGAGGUGAAAAUUUACCUGGAUGGAUGAUGAGUACUGGAUGUGAGUUCUUUCUCCCUAAUUUGGUGAAACUCUAUCUACAAAACUGCGAGCGAUUGGAGCGUGUCCCCUCACUUGGACUGCUACCAUCUCUUAAAGUUCUUCAUAUAAAGGGAGUGAAAAGGGUGAAGAGUCUUGGAAGUGAGUCGUAUCAUGGUGGGGAUGGCCGUAGCAAUGGAAGAGCUACAACAUUAUUCCCUUCAUUGGAAGAACUUUCCCUAGGACAGUUGCGUAGCUUAGAAGAAUGGAGGGAACCAGCAGCAACACAACAAGAAGGCUUAUUAUCAUUAGAUUGCCCUAAUUCCUUCCCUCGCCUUGAGAAGAUAUUUGUAGAAGAUUGCCCCAAGUUGGUGACCAUGCCCAGUUGGUUUCCUUCUCUUGAAAUACUCCAAAUCAUAAGAAGUAAUGGCAUCUUGCUAAGAAAUGCCCCAACCUUGAAGCAAUUAUUACGCCCCCAAGUGAUGAGGAUGAGGAUGAGGAUGAUCAUGAGGGUGUGCAAGAAGUAG